AGGCAGCGCAGUGGGCGUCACCGUUGCCAAGCGAAGGCUUAGCGCUAACAAAGCGGGUCGCGCCUCACCUCUCCAGAGCCUAGAGGCCGAGGCCGGUGCCGCCCUUCCCCGCCCAGAUUCCGCUGCUUUCCGCCCGCCCAAGUGCGGGGCGCUUGAUCUCUGCCCACACCUCCCGCCUGAGGGCAGGCGCGGGGUGUCGCCCGGUGCCGGAUAGCCCGUUUGGGAAAGAAUCUCAGGUCAACCAAUCAAUGCCUCAGACCGACAAGCAAAUAUGCAUCCCUCCCGAGCUGCCGGAAUUGCUGAAGCAAUUCACCAAAGCCGCCAUUCGGACCCAGCCGCAGGAUCUCAUCCAGUGGGCUGCAGAUUAUUUUGGGGCUAUGGCUCGCGGAGAUAUUCCUCCAGUGAGGGAGCGGUCUGAUCGAGUGGCUUUGUCUAACUGGGCGGAGCUUACACCGGAGCUGUUAAAGAUCCUGCAUUCUAGGGUUGCUGGCAGACUGAUCAUCCACGCAGAUGAGCUGGCCCAGAUGUGGAAGGUGCUGAGUCUCCCGAUGGAUCUGUUUAAUAGUGUGAUGAAUGUGGGCCGCUUCACAGAGGAGAUUGAGUGGCUGAAGUUUCUAGCCCUUGCUUGCAGCUCUCUUGGAGUUACCAUUGCCAAAACUCUCAAGAUAGUGUGUGAAGUGUUAUCCUCUGACCACGACGGUGGACCUCCCCGGAUCCCUUUCAGCACCUUCCAGUUUCUCUACACGUAUAUCGCUGAGGUGGACGGGGAGAUCUCCGCAUCACACGUCAGUCGAAUGCUCAAUUACAUUGAACAGGAAGUAAUCGGUCCUGAUGGUUUAAUCAAGGUGAAUGACUUUACCCAAAACCCGAGGGUUCGGCUGGAGUAAAAGCACAAUUAUGGCAAUUUUAAAGAAGAUACAGAGAUGAUUGUGCUGCAGAAUGACUGGACCCCAUACGCCAUCCAAUGUCAGUUUUCUUGUGCAUCUGGUACACACUAAUAAACAAUUAGGCAAAAUAUGAAA